UUGUGACAUUAAUGUUUUACUUGAAUGUGAGACAUUUGCUCUCGCAGCAGCCGACCAGUUCACUCAUGGAUACGGUUAAUUGGAAAAUGCGCUGGGUCUCUUGUAUCAUCUGGUUUCUGUAUGUCUCAGUGUGUGAGUGCUCACCUCUGCCAGAACCAGAGCCUCAAAUGUACGGGAAGGUCCAAUCUCCUCUGUACCCUCAGCCUUACCCUCCCAACCUGCAGGAGCAGUGGGACCUCGUUGUCCCUGAGGGCUACCAGAUUCGACUCACCUUCACACAUUUGGAUAUUGAAGCUUCUGCGAACUGCUACUACGACUCACUUACAGUUUUCUACAAAGAGAAGGCCCUCUGGAAAUUUUGUGGCAGUGAGAAUUCUGCUGAUGGGCAUCACCCAGGCAACGAGCCCAUCUUGUCUCCAGGAAACAGUCUCACCCUCAUCUUUCAAUCAGACAGCAACAACCCGGAGGCCCACCAGAAUCUGGGCUUCUCUGCCCAGUACCAUGCAAUAGACAUAGAUGAAUGUUCUGCACCAGAGCCUGGAGAUGGCUCAGGGCCACUCUGCUCUCAGAUCUGCCUCAACACUCUUGGCUCAUAUCUCUGCUCCUGUCAUCAUGGCUAUGAACUUCGCUCUGAUCAGCGCACCUGUGUGUUAUCCUGUGGCGGUGGUAUAUUUGAUGAACCAGAGGGGCAUCUGUUCAGUCCGGGAUAUCCUAAUCACCCACCUCAUGCUGUGUCCUGUCAGUAUGUCAUUUCUGUACAAGAGGGCUUCACUAUUACUCUAAACUUUACUGACAACUUCCACAUUGAGAGCAUGGACAGCCCAGAGGGCCCGCAAUGUCUCCAUCACUGGUUGGAGUUGACUGUCAGAGACGAACAGCCCACAAAGCUAUGUGGCAAAACGAGCCCAGGACCGAUAGUCACAAACUCAAACAUGGUCAAGCUGGAAUACCACAUUGAUGAUGAAGGACAGAGCAAUGGCUGGAGCCUCGACUACAGCACACACAGGGUGAAGUGUCCAUCACCUGGAAGUGUAGCUAAAGGCAGGGUCACUCCUAAUUUGAGUGAAUAUCUCUUCAGAGAUUACAUCUAUGUACGCUGCGAUCAAGGAUACAAGCUGAUGAUGAAUGGUCGGGAGAUGGAGAGUUUCUCUUCCAUUUGCCAAAGCAAUGGGCAGUGGCACCUUCCUCUGCCAGAAUGCCACAUAAUUGAUUGCGGAGAACCUGACCCCUUGCUGAAUGGAGGCGUGGCCUUCCUUUCUGGGUUUCAGAAUCAGUAUCUUUCUGUUAUUCAGUAUCGCUGCAAUGAACCAUUUUACUCUCUCCUUGGGGAUGCAAACGUUAACUUCACAUGUGAUGCAGACAGGAAAUGGAGAUCAACCCAUGAAGUUAUUGACAGUCCACUUUGUUUACCAGUUUGUGGUCAGCCAACAAAUCACAUCAAUGUGUAUCAGAGGAUCUUUGGAGGCCAGGAUGCUCCAGAUAAUACAAUCCCCUGGCAAGUGCUACUGAGUGUAAGUGGAAACAGGGGAGGAGGCAUGGUGAUUGGAGACCGGUGGAUUAUGACAGCAGCUCAUAAUGUAGUAAAUAAGGGAGUGAUGGUAGCAAAUGAAACUCUACGGAUUUUCAUGGGACUUAAUGAGGUAAAAGCCCUCGAGAAAUCUCCUCUGUUUGCUGCCUCAAUCCAUGUUCACCCUGAGUACAACAACCCCAACUAUGUAGACUACAACAAUGACAUUGCCCUGAUCAAACUGAAUGUCACACUCACAUUCGACUCAUCUGUAAUGCCAGUGUGUUUGCCAGAACCGGGAGCCACAUAUGAUACUGGUGUGAUGGGGCUGGUGUCUGGCUUUGGUGUUACAAACGAGAAUAAUCGUCGCAUUAUAACAAAUCAACUGAAGUAUGUUUAUCUCCCAGUGGUGGACGAGCAGACAUGCAGGGAUUCAGUCACUUCGGCAAGGAGAGGACGUGACAACAUACCAGACUUAACAAAUAACAUGUUUUGUGCUGGACUCCCUGAAGGUGGGAAGGACUCUUGCCAGGGUGACUCUGGGGGCCCCUUCACUCUGACUAAAGAUGGGCGACACUGGGCUGCUGGGAUUGUCAGCUGGGGGGUUGAGUGUGGAGGAAAGGGCACAUAUGGAGUCUAUACCAGAGUCGCUAAUUACCUGAACUGGAUCAAGAAGACCAUGCAGGAGAACCUAAUCAUCUUCUGUGUGACAGUCAUGGUUCAUUCCAGUCUGAGACAUCUCUUCUGGAAGUACAAUCAACACCAGAGCUUUACAAACAUGGGCUGGACCCACUGCAUCAUUUGGUUUCUGUGGUUUUCAGUGAGCGAGUGCCAGCAGCUGUCCACCACUGAGCCUGAAAUGCACGGACAAAUCCAGUCUCCCCAAUAUCCGCGACCUUAUCCUCCCCACCUGCAAAAGCAAUGGGACCUCUGGGUUCCCAGGGGUUACCAGAUCCAGCUGUCUUUAACACAUCUGGAUAUUAAAGUUUCUGCAGACUGCAGUCAAGACUCUCUCACAUUUUUCUACGAUGAAAAGGUUUUGGGAAAGUUUUGUGGCCAGGGAAACUCUACUGAUCACCAUGGUGACGAGACGAUCCUUUCUCCAGGCAACAAACUGACUCUCGUAUUCCAAACAAGUGACUCUACACCAGAGCAUCAACAACAUACUGGUUUUUCUGCCACGUAUAAGGCAAUAGACAUAGACGAGUGUUCCAAAACAGACCCAGGACUGGAUUCAGGUCCGCUUUGCUCUCAAAUCUGUAUCAACACUGCUGGGUCCUACCACUGCUCCUGCCACAGUGGUUACAAGCUUCAUUUAGACCAGCGCACAUGUCUGUUGUCCUGUGGUGGGUGUGUUUUUGACAAGCAUGAAGGACAUCUGUCCAGUCCAGGGUAUCCUAAACCCUCACCCCCUUUUCUCUCCUGCAAGUACAUCAUCUCUGUGGAGCCCAGAUUCAUCGUGACGCUCAACUUCAGAGACAAUUUUCACAUUGAUAAUAAAGAUAAUCAGCAUGGUUCAAGCUGCCAAGGUCACUUUUUACAGGUGACCAUUCCAGGCAGAUUAGCUAUGAAAUUUUGUGGAACAAAGAGUCCUGGUCUGAUAGUUACAAACUCAAGUACAGUCAGGCUGGACUACCACACUGAGGAGGAAGGUCUGAGCAACGGCUGGAGCCUGCAAUAUAGCACACAUGAGGUGAAAUGUCCACACCCAGGGAGUGUGACAAAAGGCAGGAUCACUCCUGAUUUAAAUGAAUACUUUAGUGGAGACUCGAUCCAUGUCACUUGUGACCAAGAAUACAAGUUGAUGAUGGGACAACAAGAGAUUAAGACAUUCUCAGCCAUGUGUCAAAGCGACGGGCAGUGGCAACUCCCUCUCCCAACCUGCAUAGCAGUUUGUGGUCAGCCAACAAAUCACAUCAAUGUGUAUCAGAGGAUCUUUGGAGGCCAGGAUGCUCCAGAUAAUACAAUCCCCUGGCAAGUGCUACUGAGUGUAAGUGGAAACAGGGGAGGAGGCAUGGUGAUUGGAGACCGGUGGAUUAUGACAGCAGCUCAUUAUGUAGUAAAUAGGGGAGUGGUGGUAUCAAAUGAAACUCUACGGAUUUUCAUGGGACUUAAUGAGGUAAAAGCCCUCGAGAAAUCUCCUCUGUUUGCUGCCUCAAUCCAUGUUCACCCUGAGUACAACAACCCCAACUAUGUAGACUACAACAAUGACAUUGCCCUGAUCAAACUGGAAGACACACUCACAUUCAACUCAUCUGUAAUGCCAGUGUGUUUGCCAGAACCGGGAGCCACAUAUGAUACUGGUGUGAUGGGGCUGGUGUCUGGCUUUGGUGUUACAAACGAGAAUAAUCGUCGCAUUCUAACAAAUCAACUGAAGUAUGUUUAUCUCCCAGUGGUGGACCAGCAGACAUGCAGGGAUUCAAUCAGUUUAGCAAGGAGAAGACGUUACAACAUACCAGACUUAACAAAUAACAUGUUUUGUGCUGGACUCCCUGAAGGUGGGAAGGACUCUUGCCAGGGUGACGCUGGGGGCCCCUUCACUCUGACUAAAGAUGGGCGACAAUGGGCUGCUGGGAUUGUCAGCUGGGGGGUUGAGUGUGGAAGAAAGGGCACAUAUGGAGUCUAUACCAGAGUCGCUAAUUACCUGAACUGGAUCCAGAAGACCAUGCAGGAGAACUAAAGUUACAGUAAUUCAGUACAACACGGUGUAAAUACACGAUGAGAAAAAAAAUUGCAUAAUAAACUAAAUUUUCUCUGCUGUGGAGUUUGAUUUGAGAAUUUUUAAUCUAUAUUUCACUAAAAGCUCAGUUUUUGAUUUUCCGCUUUCUGGAAACAACCACAAAAUACUGUCUGAAAGUCGGUGCAUAGUCUUUAAAUCCCUGUAACGCCUGUCUUUUACUACGUUUGAAUAAAGAUAGUUAAUGCAGA